AUGCUCUCUAGUCUUGGGUGGACAGAGUCUACACUAUGCAUCUUGCUACCCAUCUACUUAUUAUACCUCGCACAAAGAUGGCUUAGGAUAGGGGUAUCAGGCGAAACCCCUCCUAUGGGUUGGUCGAAGGUACCUUACAUAGGCCAUUCCCUGUCGUUCCUCCGUGGAGGAGUGAACUUAUUCUCCAUGUUUGAGCCUUAUCGCAAAACUACCACCCCCAUACAUUUCAACAUCUGUGGGACUGACCUCUUUCUCAUUAAUUCUCCUGAAAUUGUCCGAAAGAUUGCCAACAAGCCGCACAUUUUCUCUGAAGGUGGUCUGCGGGGUCAGUUUGCUUUGAAGGUCCUUGAUCUUCCCAAGAGCGCAGCCGAUGUGUUGGGGAAUGAUGUCUCUGGCUCUGCGCCGCGACCACUGCCUGGUAGCACUUUACCACCAGAAAGGCGUAUUGUUCGAAUGCAGCACGAGACUACCUUUAAUCUACUGGCGUCCCCAUCCGGUCUACAUACAUUUGUUCAGAUGUUUACCAAAUUCAUGGAGAAACUGAUUCUCUCUAGCGAGGUUGAUGAACAAUGGACCGAGUUUCCAGACCUGUUUUACUUUCUUCAAACCCUAACGUCUACAGCAAUGAUGAAUGCGCUCUGUGGACCUUGCUUGAUUGGAAAGAACCCGGACUUUGUUGACGACUUCUGGACUUUUGAUCUCAAUAUCCAUUACCUCAACAUAGGUAUUGCUCCGUUAUUUAAGGUAGAAGGGGUCAAGGCCCGUGAUAGAUGUAUUAAAGCUCUUAUUGAAUGGAAGAGAAACGCUGUCUGGGCCUCUAGGGACAAACCUUACCCAGAUUCUUUGCUUUGGAAUGAUAUCUGGGGAUUCAAAAUCAUGCGUGAUAGAGACGCCAUGUAUAGCAGGUUCCCAGAAUACUCAAAUGACCAAGCACGCGCUGGAGCUGAUUUGGGUAUCCUUUGGGCGUGCAACGACAACCUUAUUCCUGUUGGCUUCUGGCUGGUCCAAAGGAUUCUCGAUUCUCCUAGCCUACGGGAGCGCUGUAUGAAAGCCUUUGAUAGUGCAAGGCUUCCUCCGCAAACAGGCGAUACCCUUCCACGCUUCGAUACAUAUGUCCUUGCAAAAAACCCUUUUCUUCAAUCUACAUAUCACGAGGUCCUACGGACUCAAGUAACUAGCUUUACGGCACGUACCGUCCGCCAGGACUAUCAGGUAGGAAAAUACAUGUUUCCCAAAGGGUCGGUCACCCUUUCGUCUUCGUGGGGAGUCCACAAUAACCCAGGUCUAUGGGAAUCGCGGCCAGGGGCAGAGGAACACCCUGUGGAUGAGUUCUGGCCUGAAAGGUUUCUUGUCUGUCCCUACGAAAAGGCAUUAAGGGAGGGGAAGCCUCCCCCUGAAUCCGGAAAGGAGCCAGAAUUCUCAUUGAAAGGUCUGGAUGGCACAUUCUUCCCCUUUGGCAUAGGCCAUAACGCAUGUCCAGGCCGUCACUUUGCUACCCAUGCCAUUCUCAACAUAGCAGCCACGUUGCUUUCGGUAUUUGAUUUUGAACCCCUUGAUACGUGGGCUGGAGAGGGCAUGGACUACACCACAUUUGGAUAUACACCUGCAAGGCCAUUGAAGAAAAUCCCCUUUAGGGUGCGGAGGAGGAUGUGCCCAGUGAUGAAAUAUGAUAGUCCAACUUGCUAA